ACACAUUUCACCGACACGACACCUUCACACACGACUUCGCGCUCGGAAAGGUCCUUUUCAAACAUGGGUCGUUUAGCGGAGAUGCAGCGUAAGCUUCUGGAGCAAAUGAUGGGCCCAGAGGCAAUGGGUGUCGCCAAUGCCAACUUGGUCUGGAGUGACGAGAAGGUUUGCCGCAAUUUUCUUUGCGGUACCUGUCCCCACACGCUCUUCACAAACACUAAAAUGGAUCUUGGAGCGUGUCCCAAAUCACACACUGAACGGCUGAAAACUGAGUUCAAUGCGGCUAAAGAAGCCAACCCUUCAGACCCCAUAUUCUCUCGCUUUCAAUUGGAAUACGAGUCGAACAUAUUCUCAUUCGUUGACGAGUGUGACCGCCGAAUUCGUGCGGCGCAUCGUAGACUGGAGAAGACCCCCGAGGAAAAUGCGAAAACAACGAAUUUGAUGAGAGAAAUUGGCGAAAUUGAGUUGGCUAUUCAGGGAGGGACAGAGAAGAUCGAAUCUCUCGGCGAACAAGGCAAGGUCGAGGAGUCGAUGAACGAAAUGGCUGCGAUCGAGGCAUUGAAGACUGAAAAGUCUGAGAAGGAGCGUGAAUUGCAGCAAUUGACGGACACCUCCGGCGCCUCUGGUCAUCAAAAGCUUCGCGUCUGCGAUGUCUGCGGCGCGUAUCUCUCCGUUUUGGACUCGGAUCGUCGACUGGCUGACCACUUCGGAGGCAAGAUGCAUCUGGGUUAUCACGAACUGCGUAACAUGCUUGCCAAGUUUAGAGAAGAGCGGGAAAAAGCGAAGCAGGCAGCGCCCAGUUCCGCUCCAGCUGGCGCCCCGCCGUCUGGGCCGCCCCGAGACGCUCGGCCGUCAGAGCGGGACGAUCACCGUGACCGGGACCGUGAUCGGGACCGAGACCGAGAUCGGUUUCAUUCAUCCUCGCGCUAUGAUGACCGUCGUCGAGACCGAGAUCGCUCCCGAAGUCCAAGACGGCGGUACUGAAUCUGAUUGCCGAGUGUACUAUUUCAUGACGACUCAUUUCAUAUGUUCUUGUCUGUCACCACCAACGAUGUCAUUUUGUUGGAAA